AUGGACUUCAAUUUGGGCGGGACUCCUGGGAUAUGGCAGUUUCCUACAAACCUCCAACAUUGCUGUAUCUACAGAGUCCCACACUGUCUGCGUCGAGUGAACCCAGAGGCAUACACGCCUCAGUUAGUUCUCAUUGGACCUCUUCACGAUACUUUAAAAUCUCAAGCUUUUCAGGGUCGUGCCAAUAUCACAAAGUCAACGGGCUACUUAAACAUGGAGAAGCAUAAGAGAAGUUACCUACAACAAUUCACGCAAAGACCCCAAGUGGGAGAUGCCACCAUUCAAGGAUUCGUGGUCACGAUCGGGUUAGAAGAAGCGCGGAUCAGAGCAAGCUACUCAGAAUCAACGGCCUUGAUUGAACAUGAAGCCUUCGUGAAUAUGAUCCUGCACGACUCUGUUUUCAUACUAGAGUUCCUUUUGAGGGCUUGUGCUCUCAAUAGACGAGAGAGGAUAAGUGAUCCUCUCAUGGACGAGGCUUGUCUUGAAACCACAAUCAAGAGAGACCUCAUGUUGCUCGAGAACCAGCUACCUUACUUCAUCCUCGAGAGGCUCUUUGGAACAAUCGUCCCGAUACUCCCAGGCAACCUGACACUCAGGACAUUAAUCUUCACUUACUUUGGAUUCCCAGUUGUGUUCGGAAACAACUUCCAGUUUCUCCAUUUCACUGAUUUGUUCAGGCAGAUCCGCGUGAAUACACUUUCUCCAGGUCAUCUCCAAGGGCAAUUCAAUACCAUACAGCACAUGUAUAACGCAGACAAGCUCGAUAGUGGGGGAGUGAGAUUGCAGGCCGUGGGAGAAGAAAGGUCGUCCUCGCUGGAGGUGAACUUUGUGAAUGGUUGUUUGCAGAUACCAUGUUUCUUCGUUGAUGGCAUUACAGAGUUAACACUUAGAAACAUAAUGGCGCUAGAACAAUGUCAUUACCCUUUCAAUGCCUAUGUCUGUAACCACAUCAUCUUCCUCGACUAUCUCAUCCACACCAGGAAAGACGUUGACUUGCUUGUCCAGCAAGGGAUAAUAAGGAAUAGAGUAGGGAGCCAUGAUCUGGUGGGUGAUAUUUUGAAACAGCUCUGUUCUGGAGUCAACGAGUUUGACUCUUACUAUUCUGAAAUCGCACAACAAGUCACCAAUUAUUACCGUAACCGGGAAACGAUGAACCGGAAUAUGGAUCUUGAACUGGGAGAGUGUCCUGGGAUGUGGCUUCGUCCUAGACAUCGCGACCAUUGCUGUAUCUACAGAGUCCCAGAUGCUCUGCGUCGAUCUAAGCCAGAAGCAUACACGCCGCAGCUAGUCAUCAUUGGACCUCUUCACCAUUCUUUAAAGUCUCAAGCUUUCAAGGCUCGUGGAGAUAUCACAGACGUAAAGUCACUGGGCUACUUAAACAUGCAGGUGCAUAAGAGGACAUACCAAGCGGCAUUAAUGCAAAGGGUUCAAGCCGUGGCAAACAAUAAUAAUAAUAUCAUUGAUGACUUGAGAGAAAUGAUCCAAGGACAAGAAAUAAGGAUCAGAGAAAGUUACUCAGAAUCGACGGCUUGGAUUAAAUCUCAAGAUUUCGUUGAGAUGAUCAUGGAAGACUCUGUUUUCAUACUAGAGUAUGUUGUGAAGAUUUUCGAAAGAACACCGGCACAGAGAGAGGAAAGGACAGGGGAUCCUCUCAUGGACGAGGAACAUCUUCAAGGCACGAUCAGGAGAGAUCUCAUGUUGCUCGAGAACCAGCUUCCUUACUUCAUCCUCCACCGACUCUUCCUUUUAAUUUCCCCAAGAUUCCGCAACCCAAUCCCAACGAACCCAACAUUCCGGCAACUAAUCACCAGAUACUUUGGAGUCCGUCCAAUCGAUGGGGAAAUCGCUCUUCUUCAUUUCACUGAUUUUCUCAGGUUUGUCAGCGCCAGAACAGUUCCUCCUGCUCCUCCUGCUCUUGUAAUGGCCCAGCCUCACAGACAAAACCCACCAAGACGUCGCUGUCUCGGUAAUUUGUUCAUUAGACCACCUCCUGUGCCGCCUCCUCGUGUAGGAUAUAUGUAUACCGCAGAAAAGCUAGCUAGCGCGGGAGUGGAGCUGAGAGCCGUGGGUGCAGAGCCCUCGCUGGUGGUGAACUUUACCGAUGGACGUUUGGAGAUACCAAGUUUCUCCUUUCAGCGCAAUACAGAGGCGAAACUUAGAAACAUAAUGGCCCUUGAGCAAUGCCAUUACCCUCGCCAAGCCCAUCUCUGUAACCACAUGGUCUUCCUGGAUUACCUCAUUGACACUGAAAAAGACAUCGACUUGCUUGUCGAGAAAGGGAUCAUAAUGGGAAAGGCUGGGGAUGGUCGUGUGUUGGCUGAUAUUGUGAACAAGCUCUGUUCGGGAGUCAACGUUUCUGAGUCUCGCUAUUCUACUAUCGCAGAAGACGUCAACAGGCUCUGCGAUAAUAACAACAGGAAUACGUUUUCAUGGAGAUCGCUCAAGAAAUUGUACACCAACAAGUGGCAAUCGAUAGCCACCUUAGUGGCUGGAUUGCACUCCAUGAGGGGAGAUGACCAUGAUCUCGAAGAAGAAACAGAAGAGAAGGAGGAAGAUAGUUCCGAAGAAGAGGUCACUGAGCAUGAAAUACAAGUUCCCAAAACCAAGACAGAGAUGAUACAUCAAGGAGAAGAAGCUGAACAAGGACUAAGGAGAUCAACAAGGCCAAGAGUAAGACCGAGUUAUCUCGAUGACUUUGUCACUUUCGCCAGGAUUGAUAGUGAACACCUAUUGCUAGCUAUAAACAAAGAGCCAUGGGAUUGCAAUGACCAAAAGGCUGAUAUCUUAGCCAAGGCACUAGGAAGAAACAAGUUCAAGGAGAUGAGAGAUCUCAUUGGAGUUCUAGGUGUGUCACAAAAGGAUUUCAAGCUUAAGGGGGAGAAUGUUGGAAUAAGCUUGAAAGAAACUUGA